AUGUCUGAGACCAACAACAUUCGACCAUACAUAAUGCCUGCCCUUCGAGACACCCCUUCAUCGCAGCUUACUUUGCAGCGUCGACCACUCCCCUCGUCGGCGCCUAAGCGCACUGCAGCUCACCUGGAUGAGGAGACAACCCAGGAAAGCCCCAGCACCCCACCCAAGAGAGCUGCCCGCAGAAUUUCGUGUGGAAAGAAAUCGGACACAAAAUCUAGGGUCAAGCGGGGCGGCGAUGGGAAGAACACGUCGCCAAGCCCAUCAACCUCGUCGCCGGUCACUCCUACAGAGUAUCUGGUAGCGACGCAUGUUGCGAUCAUCCCCGGACAUGGCUACAUCUGCUAUGCGGAGGAAGGCCCUCCGGUUUUUGUGCCCGGCACAAUGAUGCACAUGCACCAGACUCCAGUUGCGCAUGCCUGCCCCUGCCAUCAGCUGCAGGCAGCGAGCAUUGCUCAAAUGCAAGGCAUACAUAUUCCCUCUAUCGGGGCUCCUGCACUCGGACAUGUUGGAGGGCUCGGUUGGAACGAAAAUGCCUGGGGCUAUAUGCCAGGGCUUGACUUGGGGGAUCUCGCCCAGAUGCAAGGAAACCCGAACUUCAACCACAAUGGUUGA